CGAUCGCCGCGCGGUCGCGCUGCAAUCGGCAAAACUGGCGCCGUUCUUGUGUGCUUUUGUUGUUGUGUACGACUGAUUUCAUCGGAGUAAGCUCUAGUUUCAGUUCCUUGUUCAGGCCUAACCAACAACUAGCUUCAGCAGAAAAGAAAUGGAGAAGUUGCCUGACGACGUCGUCCUGGAGAUAUUGAAAUAUGUGGAUGUGGGGGACCUCUUCGCCUGCCGCCUCGUGUGCAAGAGGCUCGAGAGGCUGUGCAGGUCUCCGUACGUGUGGAGGCACCGCUACCUCCGGGACGAGGAAGACGAAGAUGGGGCGCUGUGUCCUUCACUGCGCAUCGCUCCCUGCCUGAGCUCUAUAGUGAUUGCCACCCCGGCAGAAUGUUCACUCGUGUUCUCGACCAGGUGCGCCGUGGCGAAACUGCGCGUCCAUGUGCACGCGGGCGGCUCUCUGCACGCCGCCCUGGUCAUCCGAAACCAGGAGGCCCUCGGUCGGUUGAAAGAACUUGACGUUUUCCUUUUCCCUGGAGCUGGGGCUGACGCCAGGGUGCUGUUUGAAACUCUGGCGGUGACGUCAGGGCUGGGGAAGGUCAGCAUCUAUGGACUACCGGCUUCCCUACCCUACACAUCCAGCCCCCACGACAACGUCGAGUGUGUGUCGUCCCUGGGGUCGAGCCUGAGGUCGUUCAGCUGGAACGUCGCCAUCGCCUCGCAGCACACCGCCCCCCACUACAACAUCCUGCUGGACAGACACGCGGCCACGCUCGAAGACGUCCAGCUCACCAGCUUCUUUGGUGCGGGGUCAGUCUUCGCGUCCUCGGCGUUGACGGCGCCGCUCCUCGCCCGCAUGGCCAGCCUGCGCGUCCUGGCCUGUCACCUCCUGCCCGGGCUGCCGGUCGUGGCGCAGUGCGAGUCGCUGCGGGAGGUGAAGCUGUACGUGACGCACCCACAGACGCAGCCCGACUACGACGGGGCCGCCGAGUUCCUCCGUCGCGCCGACCAGCUGAAAGCUGUCUUGCUGCUGUACCGAGGGAACUACGGUCCCGGUGACGACGGCGUCGACCUCGUCUCGGCGCUGGCGGCGUCGGGUCGGUCCCAAGUGGAGUCGCUGAGCAUCGGUAACGAGUGCAGGGACGACACCUUCCCGCAGCUGCAGCCGCUGUUGGGCGCGCUGCCCUCUCUCCCCGCCCUCCGAGACCUGCUGGUGGACGUGAUGCCGCAGGAGCUCCUGCAGGCCAUCACGCCCGCCUUGGCGCCCGGGCUGCGCAGCCUCAAGUUGCGGGUGCAUCAACGGGACAGCUUACCUUGUAUCCACUCCUGGCUGCAUUUGGAUGCGAUCAAAUCUUUUCUGCUGGCGAACCCUUCUCUGGAGCUACAUCUUCUCUCUAGACCAAAGUUCUGCACUAUCGUCAGACCCUGUACAGUGUGCUCAUUGGGUUGUCAGUACAAUUUAUGGAAAGACAGCGAUCCUGGAGGCGAUUAUUGGUUGACUGUCACUUGUAAAGAUUUAGAUCACUAACCAAGUGUAUUCGAAAUGUAUCAAUUAUCAAUUAUGUAUAUAUAUGUACAUAUAGUGGUUUGCUUGUUGGAUAUAUUGUACGUUCUGUACUAAUAAAAUGUUCUUAAACUUUUAAAAAA